AUGUUUUCCUUUUUCAAUUCCUUACAUCUGCCUGUCACAAUUGUAUUUUCCUCAGUGUCCUUGAUCCCACUUGAGUCCCAAGCAACCUUUUUUGCCUUGUCAGUGUCCCACUUGAUCCACGCACCUUUUCCUUGUAGUCCCUACCACUUUUGCCACAAUGUUUUCCCUUUUCAUUCCUUACAUCUGCCUGCCACAAUUGUAUUUUCCUCAGUGUCCCACCACUUGAUCCAAGCACCUUUUCCUUGUAGUCCCCACCACUUUUGCCACAAUGUUUUCCCUUUUCAUUCCUUACAUCUGCCUGCCACAAUUUGUCCCACAAUUUUCCUUGUAGUCCCUUUUUCCUCAGUGUCCCACCACUUGAUCCAAGCACCUUUUCCUUGUGGUCCCUACCACUUUUCCACAGUUGUCCCACCACUUGAUCCAAGCUCCUUUUUCCUUGUAGUCCCUACCACUUUUGCCACAAUGUUUUCCCUUUUUCAUUCCUUACAUCUGCCUGCCACAAGAGUAUUUUCCUCAGUGUCCCACCACUUGAUCCAAGAACCUUUUCCUUGUAGUCCCCAUCAUAUUUGCCACAAUGUUUUUCCUUUUCAUUCCUUACAUCUGCCUGCCACAAUUGUAUUUUCCUCAGUGUCCCACCACUUGAUCCAAGCACCUUUUCCUUGUAGUCCCUACCACUUUUGCCACAAUGUUUUCCUUUUCAUUCCUUACAUCUGCCUGCCACAAUUGCAUUUUCCUCAGUGUCCCACCACUUGA